AUGUCAAAUGAACGACGAUUAUCAACCACCUUGACAAAAAUUCCUGACAGUGGAAUCGCAGUUCAAAGACCAGCACAAGUACCAACUGAUCGACGAUCAAGUAUCACGCCACAUUCAUCAAAAACAAUAUCAAACAUAGUUCAUCCUCUUCCACUUCCACCAGAAGAAUGGACUUGUGGUUCCUGUACUUUUGCUAGUCCUAUGACAAUUGAACAAUGUUCCGUUUGUCAUGAAGGCACAAGACCAGCACCUCAAACAAUGAAAAGACGAUUUAGUAUAACUAGUAAUAUUCCUGUUAUGAUUGAUCAGAAUUGGUUCUGCAGUGAUUGUGGUUCUGAUAAUCUAGCUGCUAAUGAAAAAUGUGCACAAUGUAAACAUCCACGUCAAACCGAUCAAAAAUCAAAUGAAGCUAUCCGAACAACAUCACGACAAAGACUUCAUUCCGCAAAUCGUCGUGUUAACCUAACACAAGAUGAAAAUGAUAUUUCUCUUCCAUCAAUAGUAAAUAAAGUAGAAUCAAAUCCACAACAGCAAGAAAAAUCAAAAUCAAAGUCGACUACACCUACAAUAAUUCUACCUAAAAUAACUCCACCUAAAAUUAAUAAUUCUGCUAUUACUGUUGAUAAAAAAGACGAUGAUGAACAACAACAUAUUGUUUAUAUUCCAAUUUUACCACCACAUAAUGAGUCAAAUUCUGAUUUAGAAUAUAAAAUAUCUGAUCGACUUCAACAAAGUAACGGUAUCCAGUUGAAACAUAUUAAAUGUAUACCUAAAAUUGGUAUUAGUAUUCUACAAGUUAAAAAUUCUGAAGACAGAAUAAAGUUAACUGAGAAAAUUCGAACAUUAGUCUUAUCUACAACACCAUUAACAACAGUAACAUUUGUUAAAGAAAUUGAAUUAGUAUCCUACAUUGUUUUAAGUACAAAACAUGAACAAGACGAUUAUGCAGAAUUACCAAAUUUAAAUGAUAUAGGUCAACAUUGGAAAACACUAUUAAAUUCAAAUCGUGUACCACAUUGUGAACAUAUUUCAAUCGAAUCCAAAUAUUAUUAG